AUGCUCGUCAAGUCCCUCCUUCCGACACUCUCACUCGCCGGCGCCACGCUCGCCGCCAGCGCCGACGAGUGGCGCACCCGGUCGAUCUACCAGGUCAUUGUCGACCGCUUCGCCAAAGAAGACAGUUCGAGCGGCAACUGCAACCUCAAGGAGUUCUGCGGAGGCAGCUGGAAGGGCCUGGUGAACAAGCUCGACUACAUCCAGGACAUGGGCUUCACCGCCAUUUGGAUCAGCCCCGUUGGUCGUUCGCUGGACAACAACACCGCCUAUGGGCAGGGCUACCAUGGCUACUGGCCGACCAGCUACACCGACCUCAACCCGCACUUCGGAAGUGAGGACGACCUGAAGGCGUUGUCCCAGGCGGUGCACGACCGUGGCAUGUACCUCAUGGUCGACGUCGUCGUCAACCACUUUGCCAGCUUCGGCGAGAACAUCCCCUGGGAUACGUUCUCCCCGCUCAACGGCGAGCAGUACUUCCACCAGAAGUGCUACAUCACCAAUUGGGCGGACCAGAACAUGGCCGAACAGUGCUGGAUGGGCGACAGCACCGUGCCGCUUCCGGACGUGAACACGGAGAACGACGAGGUUGUCGGCAAGCUUAACGACUACGUCAAGAACCUUGUCAGCACGUACAACAUCGACGGUCUUCGCCUUGAUGCAGCGAAGUCGAUUCGCAAGGACUUCUGGCCUGGCUUCUGCGGCUCGGCGGGCGUCUACUGCACGGGCGAGGCCUGGUUCAACGGUGUCAACGAGCUCUGCCCUUACCAGGAAUACAUGGACUCGGUGCACAACUACGUUAUGCAGCCCAUCGCGGUCAGCGCGUUCAAGUCGUCGGACGGCUCCAUCUCCAACCUCGCUAACACGAUGAACUCGCUCGCGUCGACGUGCAAGGACGUCACGGUCCUCACGAACUUCAUGGAGAACCACGACAACGCGCGCAUGGGUGCUGUCACUUCCGACAUGGCUCGCCUCAAGACCUUCGCCGCCAUGAACGUCUUCUCUGGCGGUGUCCCGACUGUCUACUACGGCCAGGAGCAAGUCUUCACCGGCGCCUCCGACCCCAACAACCGCGAGGCCCUCUGGACCAGCGGCUACGCCACCGGCUCCGACAAGCUCUACUCCUACUUCGGCCAGCUCAACACGCUCCGCAACUUCCUCGUCCAGGACGGUGGCUUCGCGAGCGCGAAGGCGCAGUACACCGCGCUCUCGAACAACGUGCUCCAGAUCGAGAAGAGCGGCCUGCGCGUGCUGCUCGCGAACACGGGCUCCGGGUCGGACAGCUCCGUGACCGUUGGCGGCUGGGGCUCAGGCGAGACCGUGUACGACGCGCUCGGCUGCCAGGAGUUUACGGCGGACGGCAAUGGCAAUGCGCAGGUGACGAUCAAGGGCGGUCUGCCGGUUGCGCUCUAUCCGAAGUCGAAGCUCUCGGGCUCGGGCUCGUGCGGCCUGUGA